UUCAAAACCGUGAGGAUGAUGGUGCGCUGAAUUUUCUAAUCCUUGAGGAUAAGGAAAGUCUUGAAGAGGAGGGGAAUGAUACGAAAGUGGUCAUCAACCCAGACGAGUCCGACGAGGAUGGUGACGAUGGUCUCGUUAUAUGGCUGGAGAACAUGUUGGAGGAGCCAACAAGUCCAAUAUACCGGCCACCAUGUGUACGAGAUUGGCCGAAAGGGUGUGGCCCGAAGCUGAAGUCAAAGGCGAGGAAACGGAUGGCCAAGAGACGACGUAAAGCAAAGGUUAGAAAAGCAAGUCAAUGUUGGUUCAAGCCUUGUGUGCAGACAAGGCGAGCACGAAAGAAGGAGGCUAGAAGGCGUGGUCUGCGAUGGGUUGAAGAUGGAUGCGCCCCUCCUAAGCCCACAUGCACGUGUUGCGCGGCCCAACGGCUCAUGCGCGCGGCCCAACUAGGAGAACGGCCCAGAAGCUGUCCUCUGAGCCCAGCGAGGUCCCAGACCGGCCCAGCGUGCGUCCAAGCGGCCCAGAACGGUUCAACACUCGUCCAGCGGGACCAUGAAGCUCCAAACCGGCCCAGCUCGGGUCCAGAGACUACCAGGCGGUCCAAAAGCGGUUCAACUCU